UCUAUUAGCAGAGUUUCAACUAUCAAAUUCUGCUAUGUAUUAUAAUUUUCUUAGAAUGAGCUCAAUAUGUUUUGAACACUUGGUUCAACUGAUUGGUCCAAGUAUACAGCGUGUACCAUCUCGGCCUGAUAUAUUAUCAGUUGGUGAACUUUUAACAUGUACUCUUAGGUAAAUUACUCAUAUUGAAAAUGUAUUCUAAUCAAGGUACUUUUCAAGCAAAUUUUUAAAGUUUAAUCUGAUAGAAACUGGUACAUUGUUUUAUCUUGUAGAUAUUUGGCCUCUGGUGACAGUAUGAUGGAUAUAGGUUAUGCCUUUAGAAUAGCACAACCUACAGUUUCAAAACUUAUUAGACAAUGCUGUACAACUUUAUGGGAUAUUUUAUGCAAUAAAGUAGUUACUUGGAAUUAUUUUUUAAAAUAUUUACAUGUGUCUAUAAUCAAGUAAAUUACUUUAAAUUUUAAACAUAUUGACUUCAUUAUUUUAAGGUACUAAUGAAACCACAAACUGAAAAUUGGAUAUCUAUAGCCAAUGAAUUUAAUAUGAAGUGGAAUUUUCCAAAUUGUGUUGGGAGUAUUGAUGGCAAACAUGUUGUUCAUCAGGCAUUUGCAAACAGUGGAUCUACUAACUACAACUAUAAAGGGACCCAUAGUAUUAUUCUUUUAGCUGUUUGCGAUGCAUCAUAUUGCUUCACUUUAGUUGACAUAGGAGCUCCAGGCAGAUGUAGUGAUGGUGGUGUUUUUAGAAAUUGUAAUUGGGGUAAACAAAUAAUUAAUAGAACAAUUGAUUUUCCUGAUGCUAUUGAAAUUGAUGAUGAAAAUGGUCCCAUACCAUAUUGUGUUGUUGCUGAUGAAGCAUUUCCUUUAUUAACAAAUGUUAUGAGACCAUAUCCAGGUAGAUCAAAAGGAAAUUUACCUGAAGAUCAAACCAUUUUUAACUAUAGGUAACAACUAAAAACUAAAAAGUAUUCAUAUAAAAGAUGUUAAAUUUAAAUAUAUAAAGAAAUCAAUUUAAUUAUUAGACUUAGCCGUGCAAGGCGUACUAUCGAAAAUGCCUUCGGUAUAUUAGCUAGCAAAUGGAGAGUAUUUCGAUCACCUAUAAUAGGAAGUGAGAAAACUGUUAUAGCAAUAACCAAAGCUGCAGUUGUCUUACACAAUUUUGUUAGAAUAUAUGAAAAAACUACAGGCGAAUCUCUGUACUGUCCAGUUUCAUUAGUUGAUAGAUACGAAAAUGGAAGACUUAUAAGAGGACAAUGGAGAAAUGAUAUAACCAAAGCAUUAACUCCCAUAGGUCAACAA